GUCCAGGCCCUCCUUACCGUCUGACGGGGUCCCUGUCCUCAGCCUCUGCCCUCCAGACCCCAGGUGGCCUGGGGCUGUGUGGAUCGGAGAACCUGGUACUGGGGACCUGGGCCCAGGCCCCCAGCAGCCCCCAGCCCAGGGGCCCCCCGACGCUGAGCAGCAGUGUCAGGAUCAUCUUGGCUUGGGGCGGACUCAGCCUCUGUGGGUGACUCCAGAAACUACCAGCGCUGGUGACGUUGUCUUCAAGUUAAGUCUCAGAAGGAAAAAAAAAGCACGGGGACAACAAAGAGAGGAAGUGGCCUGGGCCGGCCCACCCGAGGCAGCAGUAGGGACAGCAGCUGCGGCAGCACUCGAGCCAGCUCCAGUCACAGUUCGCCUGGGGAGUCAGGCCCCCGUCCCUGCCCACAGCCAUGGACGUCUUCAAGAAGGGCUUCUCCAUCGCCAAGGAGGGUGUGGUGGGCGCCGUGGAGAAGACCAAGCAGGGGGUGACAGAGGCUGCUGAGAAGACCAAGGAGGGUGUCAUGUAUGUGGGAGCCAAGACCAAGGAAGGUGUUGUGCAGAGUGUGACCUCAGUGGCUGAGAAGACCAAGGAGCACGCCAACGCCGUGAGCGAGGCCGUGGUCUCCAGUGUCAACACCGUGGCCACCAAGACCGUAGAGGAAGCAGAGAACAUCGCUAUCACCUCCAGAGUGGUGCGCAAGGAGGACCUGCAGCAACCUGCCCCCUCGCAGGAGGACGAGGCGCCCAAAGUGGAAGAGGAAGUGGCUGAGGCGACCAAGAGUGGAGGAGAUUAGAGGGCUGCAGGUGAGCUCGGAGGCCAUGGUCCCCACGUCCUCCCCUGGCUGCCCACAGGCUAGUCCUCCCAUGCUGCCACCACCACCGUCACCUGCCUCCCUUGUUCCCUCACCCCCUCUGGUCCUUCUGACCCCACCGAUGCUGCUAUGAAUUUUUUUUUUUUAAUGAUUCCAAAUAAAACUCAAAUCCCUACUGCA